AUGGUUGUCGCCAUUCUCGCCAUUCCCCUUCGGCAAGGGAGAAAUCAUGACCGAGCCUUUGAGGAACUGGGCAACCCAGUUUCAUGGGUCAUCUUCAGGCUCAGCGAGCUUGUGAUCUCUCCUGUCACCGUCUCACUUUCACAUGCGGAUCUCUCGGGGGACGACAUCCACGACGUUGUGCAAAUACCAAUUGGCGGCGAUGCUCGGGAUCAUACAGUUGACCAAGUCUUUGGUAUUUUGCUCAGCUUAUCUUAUCGGACCAUAGUCAUAGAAUACCGAGCACAAUUAGAGUUUCGUUGGGUUUCUUCAGAUUGGAUUGGCUUGAAGGUGGUCCUAAUAUAUGAAGAAUCUCGGAGUCUUUGUUUCGGGCAGACAAACACUAGGGAAGCGCAGAAGGGUCCCGGAGACGAAGCCGAGGAGGUCUGGAUAUUUCCGGGGUUAGGUGCUAAGAAAGUGAAUUCUCGAUAUGAAAAAUUUGGCUCGUGUAUUGCGUACUUUUACCUUACUUCGUGUCUGCUAGUCUUCGAGACAAACUAUGCCAUAAAGGAGCUGGAGAAUUGCGAAGAUAUUUUAGCAGACCAAGAUCCAGGCCGUUCUGCACCUUUGGUAAUUGAAAAGAACUUCAUAAAAUCGGAUAGUUCUCGGCAACUAUUCCCUUUCGAAUCCCGAGCGUGGUAUCCCCGCUUAUCAUUGCCUUUGUCACCACUUCCACUAGAUCCCGCCUUGCAGCAUCCAACAACAAUGGCGCGCAAGAGGGAACGCUCUCCUUCUCCUUCCUUAGAAAUUUUCCGCUCUGAAUCCAUUGAGGAUCAGAAAUCUGUCUUUAUUGCCGCCUUCUCUAACUCAGUUCCUGUCAAAGCCUUGCAGGCUUUGCCUGAGUUCAAAUCAGCAACCCAUCGCAUUGCGGCAUGGAGGAAGCCAUCGCGUCAAAGAUCUUUAAUGGGGAAGUCUGAGAUAUUGUAUGACCUUGGGCAUGACGAUGACGGGGAGCAGAAGGCUGGGAAGAGACUGGAGCAUGUGCUGAACUACUGCGAGGUUGAAGGUGCCGUUGUUGUUGCAAGGUGGUAUGGUGGGCAAAACAUAGGACCGAUCCGAUUUGUGCACAUCGAGAACUGCGCGAAAGAAGCCAUCUGGAGGUGGAAAGUCGUUGAUGCUGAGGCUAAGAAUGAGCAGACGGCGAAGAAGCAAAGGCUUGAAGCGGAGGCUGCCAAAAAGGAUGAAGAGACCGCAAGGAGAGAACUGGCAGAGAAUUUGAAUGAAAGAGAUCAGAACAUUUUCGUUCUUAGGGGCUUGCUUGCGGACAAGACUGCCAAACUUAAUAAUUCGGAACGGGUUCCUCCCACGCCACAGAAGAAACCGCCGGAUUAUAACACGAUGAGUAUGGAACUUUUGAAGAGACACGACAAGGCUCGAGAUGCGAGCAUCGCGUACAUUUUAAAGGAAAUCGACAAGGUGGAUGAGCAGCUGCAGCUUAUCGAUGACUUCGAAGCUUCGACUCCAGACUUCUAA